GACCCGUUACUACAGCUACCCGUUACGAUAACCUUGUGAGGUAAUACACUAGCGAUCUCCUCUGUAGUUGCUUUGUGUUCAAGCCAGUACAGUGUGAUGAAAAGUUUCGAUGAUUACAAAUCCCUUCAUUUACUUACAGACCAAGUAAAGAGGCAAAAUGGAGUCGAAGAAAGCAAAGAAACGAAGAUACGAAUACGAAAUUGAAUGGGAUAGCUGCAGUUCAGACGACACCCUAAGAUACACCAGACAUGAGGUGUGUGAUGUUAGUGACAGUGAUACAGAUGAAUACGAAUCAAGUGAAAGCGAUGAAGGUGAGUCUUGGAGUCUUUCAGGAGAAGCGAGAGAACCCUUUCCCACAGAUAGCAAUUUAGGAAAGGUUAACGCCAACAUUCCUUUCUUGGAUCGUAAUCCGGAAACGAUAUUUGAAUACUUCUUUACGCAAGAAUUAACAGAAUCCAUAGUGUUACACACAAAUAUUUACGCGAGGAAAAUAUUUAAGAAGAAGAAGAAGAAGAAGAUACGCGAAGAAACACAGAAAAAAUUAAGCAAAAGUCUACAAUGGAAAGAAACUAAUUGUGAUGAAGUGAAGUUAUUUCUUGCUUUACUCAUCCUACAAGGAAUAGUGAAAAAGCCAGAUAUGAGACUGUAUUUUACUAAGGAUAAAAUGCUGGCCACCCCGUUCUUUGGAGAGAUCAUGACAAGAGAUAGGUUUGUAGAUCUUUUAAGGUUUAUGCAUUUUACUAUCGAUUCGGAACAAAGUAGGAAUGAAUACGAUUACCAUUUCUUUCAAUUCUUACCGCUUUUGAAUCAUCUAAAAGAGAAAUGGCAGGAGAUCUACACGCCAGAAAGGGAUAUAAGUAUAGACGAGAGCCUACUUCUGUGGAAGGGUCGUGGUGUCGUAUGGAGAACCUACAUACCAAGGAAGAGGGCACGUAUGGGAGUAAAGUCUUACCUUCUCUGCGAAUCGUCCACAGGAUACGUCUACGAUAUGAUGAUCUAUACAGGAGAAUCUACACUUUUGUCCAAUAAAGUAAAGGAUCUCGACCUUAAAGGAUUUAAUAAAACAUCCAGGGUGGUGUUAACUCUGAUGGAAAGUCUACUGGACAAAGGUCAUAGGUUAUUUCUGGAUAACUAUUAUUCUUCGCCCAAGUUAUACGACACGUUAGCACGUUACAAAACUGAUGUAGUGGGUACUGUUCGAAUGAACAGGAAAGAUUUGCCACCAGGUAUGAAGAAUAAAGUCCUAAAACCCGGGGAAGUUUGCUCGUGGUAUCGUGGAAGACUCAUGGCACUGAAAUGGCACGAUAAAAGAGACGUGUGUAUGCUUUCUACCAUACACGACGGUAGCAUGAGAAGUCAUAAAGGUAGAGGACGGAAAACUACGAUGAAACCUGCAGCAGUGUUGGAUUAUAACAAAGGAAUGGGAGGUGUCGAUUUGGCAGAUCAAUGCAUUAGUAAUUACGCUAUAAAAAAGAAGCGCAUGAAAAAAUUUUACAUAAAGAUGUUUCUUCAUCUCGUAGAAAUUACGGUGUUUAAUUCGUACAUAAUUUAUACAAAAUACGGUGCUAAAACAAGACGUUUGAACUUCAUGUUAAAUUUAGUGUCUAAUCUCAUAAAGAAAUGCGCUCAAAGCAGCAAUCUUGAAAGAUAUAAACAUUCGAAAACGGAUCUAAUAAGGUUAAGCGAAAGGCACUUUAUAACCUAUAACCCUUCUACGGCAAAUUUUGUUCGUCCCUAUAGAAGAUGUUUUGUUUGUUCGCGCAAAAAGAAAAGAAAGGGAACAAUGUACAGGUGUGCAAAGUGUAAUGUUUCUCUAUGUGCUAUUCCUUGUUUCGAAAAGUAUCAUACAAAAGUACAAUUUUAUUAAGUAAAGAGUACACAAGAUUCACUUAUUGCACCUUGAAAGAGUAAUGUCUUUUGCACCUUGACUGAGCAAUUCCUUCUUUAAUUAAUCACGAUGCUCUGUGUAUUUCUCUUGUGUUGUUUAACCUCCACAUGGUUUAACCUUAUCUUAAAAGUACAGGAUAACCUGGAGAUUACUUACAAGUGAUAAUAAAACUUCCAAAAAUUUUAAUUAAUUUUAUAAAAAGGGGGUUUACGAUAUGAAAUUUCACGUACGGUUUUCAAUUAUGAACUUACGAACACUCCUUCAUUAAUUGGAAGAACUAAAAUACGAAAUACCAGUCGACCCCCCUAUAACACUGUUGAUUUUUCCGUUUUAUAUGAAUUCCAUGUUGUAUGAGCCAC